CUUGCCCCUCCCCACCCAAUUUGCCCUUGAGCAACGAGCACCUGCCCGAUUCAUCUCAGCCUGUAGACCGCGAAUAAGCGCCACAGCCACUCAUAGAAGCCUCUUCUGUCAUCCACGAAGCUUCCACUUCUCGCCCUCACUGAGACUCGUCGCUACGCCUAUCCGCCGCGACCAAUACACGCCCGAAAGAAUACCCAACGCCGCCUGGCCAUAUCUGUACCACCCAUUCAACAAGAUGGCACACCUCGACCCGUACUUCAAGCAGGUAGAUGCCUUGCAGGGAAACUUUAUUGAGAGGCUGAGGGAGGCGGUCGCUAUUCCCAGUAUCAGCUCCGAGGACCAGAGGAGACCUGAUGUAGUCAAGAUGGGCCACUGGUUGGCCGACCAGAUCAAGGCACUCGGUGGUACUGUUGAGCUCCGUGAGCUCGGAAAGCAGCCUGGUCGCGAGCACCUUGACCUCCCACCGUGCCUUCUCGGACGCUAUGGAAGCGACCCGAAGAAGCUCAACGUCCUCGUUUACGGUCACUACGACGUGCAGCCCGCGAACAAAUCUGACGGCUGGGCAACCGACCCCUUCACCCUAAGCAUCGAUGACAAGGACCGCAUGUACGGACGCGGUAGCACAGAUGACAAGGGCCCGGUUCUUGGCUGGUUGAACGCCAUCGAGGCCCACCAGAAGGCAGGCGUAGAGCUACCAGUGAACCUGGUCAUGUGCUUCGAGGGCAUGGAAGAGAAUGGAUCAGAAGGUCUGGACGACACCAUCCGCGCCGAGGCCAAGAAGUUCUUCAAGGAUGUCGACGUUGUCUGUAUCUCGGACAACUACUGGUUAGGAACCGAGAAGCCAUGCUUGACAUACGGUGUUCGUGGAUGCAACUACUACCAAGUCGAGGUUUCUGGCCCUGGUCAAGAUCUGCACUCCGGUGUCUACGGUGGAAUGACACACGAGCCCAUGACCGACUUGGUUCGCAUCAUGAACUCAUUCGUCGACCCCGACGGCAAGAUUCUCAUCAAGGGCGUUGACGAUCUCGUCGCUCCCCUUACUGACGAGGAAGCCGCACUUUACCCACCCAUCGCCUUCACCAUGGAUGGUCUAAGGGAGUCACUAGGUGGUGCAGUAACGAUUCACGACAGCAAGGAGGAAGCGCUGAAGCACAAGAUGCGAUACCCCUCGUUAUCGCUCCACGGUAUUGAGGGUGCUUUCUACUCCGAGGGAGCAAAGACCGUUAUCCCAGCGAAGGUUAUUGGAAAGUUCUCCAUCCGCACAGUACCCAACAUGGAGAUCGACCCAGUCACCAAGCUAGUUGAGAAGCACGUCAACGAUGAGUUCGCUAAGCUGAAGUCGAAGAACACGAUGAAGUUCAGCGUGGUACACUGCGGAAAGUGGUGGGUAGAGGACCCCAACCACCCCAACUACACGGCUGCUGCCAAGGCUGUCGAGCGUGUCUUUGGUGUGAAGCCAGACAUGACCCGGGAGGGUGGUAGCAUUCCUGUUACAUUGACCUUCCAGGAAGAGCUUGGCAAGAACGUCCUGUUGCUGCCAAUGGGCAGCUCAACUGACGCUGCUCACUCGAUCAACGAGAAGCUGGACAAGAGGAACUACAUCGAGGGCACCAAGCUGCUAGGAGCCUACUUGCACUACGUUGCAGGAGAGAUGAAGCGCGAGUAGAGUUCCGCGCUAUGAGGAAUAUCAUCGGUCUGGUUCUCGUAGAUAAUUAGAUGGUUUGCUACCUACAAGAAAUAAAUACCCAUUCAGCAGCAUGCUUCUCAGAUGACGCCGGUUCAACGAGAUGACAUGCUCAUGUUUUCAACUAUAAAAAAAAACUCAUGAUUAUCGCAGACCACA